AUGAUAAAGCAAGAAUUGCAAAAACAGAAUGUGGUGGAUGCACUAUCACUGAAAGAAUCCUCUAUUAAUCAUGGAUUUUAUGACACUUCUCCAUCAUUACAACUUUCAAAGCCAAAAUUUACAAGCCUUAGUCUUCCAAAUUCAGCCAAUUCAUCACCUUUGUUCACUUCAAAGAGAAAACCAAAAGGUGAAGUUGUAGAAUCUCCAAAUCAAGCUAGUAACUUGACACUCAAGCUACUACAAGAAAUCGACUUACGAAAAAGUAAGUCAUGUGGAGAAGGAAGAGCAAGUUUAUCACCUUUUGAUGAAUUUGAUAGAUGGUUGAUUAAAACAAGUGUAGUGGAACAUGAUAACGAGCAUCAUGUUCAUGAAAGCUUCUCAAAAACCGAGGCUAUCGAAGAAAUUCAUGUGAGUGAUAAUGAGCUUGAAACAAAUGUGGACGAAGGGUUCACAUGCAGUGCUCUUUGCAUGUAUUUACCGGGAUUUGGUAAAGCAAAAUCGGUUAAACCUAAAAAAUUAGUAUCAGAAAUGGAAGGUUCAAUAUCUAGGACAGUUUCUUUGGAAAAAUUUGAAUGUGGUUCUUGGGCUUCUUCAACCCUAUUCAAUGAGAUUGAAAGAGAUCAUGCAAGUUCUUAUUUUGAUCUACCAUUGGAAUUGAUUAGAGGAAGUAGUGUUAAGGAUGUACAUGCGCCAAUUACAUCAGCUUUUGUUUUCGAGACAGACCUUAAAGGGGUUCUCAAGAAUGGUUCUUCUAGAACAAAUGCUAGAAAAUUAGAUAUAUCACCUCAUCAUGUUAGGUUUUCUAUGUCUUCUUCUAUAUCUCAUUACCCUCCUUCUCCGGCAUUUUGCAAUACUCCUAAUUUAACAAGCGCGAAAGACGAUUUUAAUGCCUUCUUGGAAGCACAAAGUACUUGA